CUCGAAGUUCCGUCACCUCUUCUACCAUUCUCUCCACUUUGACUUUGAGAAACUUCUCCGACUCUCUCUCUCUCUCUCUCUCUCUCAUCCCCCAAACGACAGCUAUUGAAGAGAGAGAUAGUGGUGGCGGGAAGCGCAUGAGAUCCGCAGGAGGGUCGAAUUUACCAUUGUACCCAUCUCACCUGCUGCUCCCGUCAUCCUCCUCAUAAACUCCCCCAGCCGACGUGUCCCUGCCGAGUCGACCCGCCCCCUCUCCUCCUCCGGACACGCCACCUUCCCGUCGCCUUCGAAUCCAAGCAACUCAUAAAUAUCCCCCAAAAAAGAAGAAAAAAGGAAAUUUAAUAAUUAAAAAAAGAAGAAGAAACAAUCUGGAAAAAAAGAUAAAAUCUUUGCUCUGAAAAUCUCCAGAGGGUAAAGGCUUUUUCUUCACUCCGCCGUUGAUUUUGUCCACGUGGACUCCCUCAUUAUCUCUCUCCUCUCUCUCUCUUCCGGCGUGGCUUUGCCCUCUGUUAUGAAGUUCGCCGGUGAUUGCUUUCUCUUCUUUCCAUGGAAUUUUCUUCUUUAUCAACAACAAGUGAUUGGUGAAGAAUUGGGCGGAAAGCAUGAACUUGAUGGGUAAACGUGACGCUGCCCGCUGCAUUUUCCCCCUCACUGGUUUGCAAAUUGGAGACUUGCAGUCUUAUCUUUCGGAUCUUAGCCUUUUCCUGGCCCUCGAAAGCAAGAAAUUCUAUAUCUUGGUGGACAAUCGGCCAUGGCUGGGCGACCUAGGUUCGCGGUCAGCACACUUGUGGCAAUUGAUGGUUACUAAGUCAAGGUUGUCUCCUUUUGCAAACACUAAAGUGCGGAAGGUGGGAACAGAAGGAAAGGAUGCUUGCCCCAGACCAAAGACUGCAAAACCAAAGAAGCUUGCUAGGUGGUUCUCAUUAAUCAAGCAUCAGAAGAAGGUGUUGUUACCUGUAAAGAAGCUGCAGAGAUCUUUGCUUCUAAGAAGGGAGUUACAUAGGACCUUGUAUGGUUUUAUUGUAUUCGAAAUUGCAUGGAGCAAUGUUCGAGGUAUCAAUUACAUCAAUGAGCUUCAGACUGAUACCUCGCUGGCUGUAGAGGCUAAAUCCAUGCAAAGAUGGGAAUUUGACAGUAUUGCUCAAGCUGCAAGCUGCAUAUCUUCAUGGUUCCCAGGAACAAUCUCUGAGCAGCUACAGUUGAAAGAGCAUCUGAAUUCUGCUGUAGGAGAAGUUUUCUAUGAUGCUGAAGAGUUUCCAGAGACAGAAACUAUGGCGGUUGUUGAUGACAAUAUCUGUCACAAUAAUCUGUCCACUGGGGAAGAUUCUCUCCACUGCCUUAGUCGCAACUUUAGUGUUCAUUCUGAUACCUGUGAAAAUAGGGCCGGUGUGCCACAUUCACCGCCUCCACCUACUGGACCCUAUAAGAGAAGGAAAAUAACAACGUGUAUUAGUGCUGGAGUUGAAGUAGAUACUUAUUCUGAGGAAGUGCAAAGCCCUGCUUGUGACUCUGAAAGUUCUGAGACGUAUAAAUGUUACUUUGAAGAUGAAAUGCAAAACUGCGAGACUUAUUCCUGUUACUGUGGAGAUGAAAUGCAAAACUCUGAGAUCCAUACCUGUGACUCUGAAGAUGAGAUACCGGUGACUGCGAGGGCCUAUAUCAGUGACUCUGAAGGUUCCGUUAAAGCUACUCCGUUCAGCAAAGAUGCUGUACCUGUAACUGUCAAUACCCAUACUAGUGAUUGUCAAGAUGCUGUUGAAUCUACCCAGUACAGGGAUGUGCUGAUUUUGAUCAGGUUCAAUGACCGUGACCUCCCAUUUAAACUAAGAGAAAUAAUAAUGUCUGAUCUCCGGUUGCUGACUUUGCUUGAGGCUGGGCUUCCAUCUUGGGUUAUCUUCCUUCAGUCAUACCCAGGGUUUUGCCAUAUCUAUCGCCCGUGGAUGUGCCCUCUGGCAAGAGCAUUGUAUGUGCUGAUCUCAGUUGUCACUGUUCUAAUUGGAUUUUAUGACCUAUACAAAAAUGUUCCAGUUCUCAAGGCAACUGCAUCUCGUCUUUGUGGGCCUCUAUUCGAUUGGAUAGAGACCUGGUCGAUGAUAUCAAGGAUUAAGUACUUGGGAACAAUGCUAUUUCUACACCACUCUCAGAAAGUUGUUCAGUGGUUUCUGGCAAUCAGGAGUACCACGCGAUCCUUUUUUUCAGUUCUAGCUCAGCCGUUGGUAGAACCUGUUGUGGAGUGUUUUGGAUUCCUCCUUCCAGUAUGGAACGCGCUUAUUGAUGUGUUAGAGAGCCUCUUUUCAGUCAUUUGGAUUCUGAUUGGAUCUUCAUGCAGUCUAGUUGGGAACCUGAUUGAGGUUUUAGUGUUUCCAAUAUGGUUUCUCCUGUCGGCCAUCUGGAGCAUUGGAACUUCCAUUGUAUAUCCUAUAUUUUGGAUUCUAUGGGAAGUACUCUAUGCUCCGGUUCGCAUGGUCCUUGCACUAGCCAAUGUUAUAGUUUUUAUUGGUGCAUGCAUAUAUGAUACACUUCGAGAUAUCUGGCAAGUUAUUAGCAGCAUAUUCAAGUUUGCUUCAGCUUCCCAGGCAACUGUGAAAACGGUUGAAGGUUCCAUAUGGCGUUCACUUUGGAAUGACCUCUUUUCUCAGGUUUUCCGAGCUGUCAGGAGUAUAUUAAAUGGUUUUGUUGCAUUCUUCAUAGCUUGUAACAGGCAUCGCCUUAGCAUUUAUAAUCAUGUACAAGAGUUUACCCGAAGAUUCCUGGACCGAACCCAGAGAUCACGGCGUGAAGUUUCAAGACGUUAUAGACCCACCGGAAACUCGGAAUUUGUUCGAAGUAAGAAGGAAAAACAACCUUGAAUAGUUUUUCCACAGCUUUUGGAGGAUAACACUAUCAAUACGGUACCACCUUCGACAAUGUGUGAAAUGCUUUCGGCCAAACAAGAGAACAUAAAGACGGCGGCAUAGUGUAAGUGUAGGAGUUGAUGCGGGUGCUUCUGUUGUCUGCAUGUAGCACCCAUGUCUGAAUACAUACCAUAGGAAGAGCUCGGUUUCUUUUUUAUCCUUAAUUCUUUGCGGUCUUGUUUGUUUCUAUAUGUGAAUUGUAGGGGGCAAACUCUUAGUUCACUGUAUAUAAUGUUCAUUCGAUUAAUUCAUGUUUGAAUCCGAA